ACUAUAGCAAAAUUUUAGCAGUUACAAUUUUAACCGUAGAAAGCUCUGCAGAUAUAGUGGGACGUUUGGUAUGCAGUCAGGUAAUCCGAGUCCACUUCAUCACCAGUAUGUUACUGUAUGUUGUCAACAGUGUGUUAUUCUCGGCAGUGAUGAUACUUAUCCCAGUCCUACACGGUUACAUGAUGCUACUGAUCGGCACACUUCUUCUUGGAUUUUUCUCUGGCCUCGUUUUAUCAAUCCACAGUGUUGUCGUCUUGGAUAUUAUCGGUGGAAAGAAGUAUUCGUCAGCCAUGGGAUUUGGCGAAACGGCGUGCGGUGCAGGAAACUUAUUUAUUGGACUUAUUGCAGGCUACAUUAUCGAGAAGUCACACACGUUUGAUCAUUUCUUCAAUAUUAUGGGUAUAACUUCUAUAAUAGUCAUGGCAGUUUUGAUCAUUCAAAUUAACCUUAGUGCUAUUCGAAAAUGUUUCCGUCUAAAUUCGAAGGUAAACAUCAAUGAAAGUAAAACGGAUGUUGACAUUAAUCAGACAUUUUGAAACCACUGAAACUAGGAAUAAUUGACAUUAUCACGAUUAAUGUAUCUCCAUUCAACGAGCAAAUGAAUUAAUGAUAUGCAAACA